AUGAUGGGAUUUGCAAAUGAUUUCGGCCUCCCUCCGCUUUGUGCGAUGGAGGACACGCUAGAGUCGUACCCCUUCGGUGUCGCGGCGCCCAAUGAACCCUCCUUUACACUUGCGCCCGAGCAUUCGGCCGUUGGGGGAACUGCCAAGCAGCCCUGGGUCCCCGAGAGCCCAAGGGACGUUAUUCCCCUGGCCUUUCGCCCGUCUUCCCGGCUGGAUUUUGUGGACCGACCGGGCUCAUAUCGCUAUCCAUCUUCAUCAUCGUCAUCCCGCGAAGUACAGGGCUCAGCUGGCAAAGUUGCUAUUCCCCGCAUAACGUGCGACAGCAGCAAGUCGCAAGUCCGGCGGUGCACAAAAGCCUGUGGACCAUGUCGGCAGCGGAAGAUCAAGUGUGACGGGAACAAACCGGUCUGCCGACCGUGUGUAGACCGCAAUGUCAGUUGUUUCUAUACAGAUGUUAAGCGGGUUCGCGACCGCAAGCAACUAUCGGUCCUGCAGAGGAAGGUCGAGCAAUAUGAGCGGCUGUUACAUGAUUUGGAGGAGGUCGACGGGAAUGUGGCUAGGCGUGUUCGAACGGCUCUCAGGGGGUUCGAUGCAACGUCUGCUACUGCUGAUGACGGCGAUUCCGACUCUUCGAAUUCCUCAGUCGGGUCGCUGAACGGGCUAGACUUAGUCCAGGAGGACUUGAACCGAAGCGAAAAGUCCGUCGCUACCGGAUUCUUUGGGAAAAACUCGGAGGUAGCGUGGAUGCAGGGGCUUGAAGAUGAAGCAAAGAAUCGAAGCUGGAGGAAAGCAGAAUCACUGGAUUCCGAGGCCAGUAAGGCUGUCAGGAUCCGACUGCCACUUCCAUGCUCGCAGAUGCAGAGCACAGAGAUUUCAGCGAUCACCUUUUACUUGGACGAUAUCAGUCUCCCGUUGUUGGACUCGGUUGAUCCGUACGAACUUCCGCCGAAGGGUCUUGCUGACCAGUUUUUCACAGCAUACGUGGAGUCGGUCCAUCCUUCGUUCAACGUUGUCCGGAAGACGGCCUUUGUACUCCAGUACCAGCGGUUCUUCAGUCAACCGACCCACCCCUCGCGACGUUGGCUGGCCAUUUUGAACAUGAUCUUCGCUAUUGGGUGUCGGUAUUGUCAAGCCGUGAACGGCGGAGCAGACGGCGAUUACGACGAUCUCGUGUAUAUGAACCGGGCGCGAAAGCUGGCCCUGGAUGAAGGUUAUAUCUUCAAACAUGCCGAUCUUCAGCAAGUACAGGUCGAGUUCCUGAUGGCGCUAUAUCUCGUUAGCAAAUAUCAGAUCAAUAGGGCAUUUACGUUCUCCGGUAUGGCAUUCCGGUCCGCCAUAUCGCUGGGAAUCAACCUGCGCUUUGUGGACGGUCAAACGGAAUAUCCCGCCAAAGAGGCUCGUAUUCGGCUGUGGUGGUCGAUCUUCCUCCUCGAGCAUCUCCUUACGGCGGUCACUGGCCGGGCCUCUUGCAUGGGCGAAAGCCUCAGUGCCACGCGAUUACCAAUACCGUUCGAAGAAGAGGCCUUUGGCAGACCGGACAUACUGUCUCUUUUUCAAGACUCCGUAUCACGUAUCGACCGCCUCAAACUCACGCUCCUUCAGACGGAGGAGGAAGCGCGUGCCAGUGUGUCCUGGCUCGCAUCCUGUGAACCCAGCCCGUCACUGUUCUUUCACUGUCUUGUGGACCUAGCUGCCAUCGGGCAGGAUAUCAUCAUCAACGUUUAUAGUAUUCAAGGUGUCCACGACUCUGGGAGCCAGAUUGAGCAGCGAAUCCGAAAAUAUAGCAGUAUUCUAGACAUGUGGCUCAGUAAGGUUCCCGAGGCCUACCGAUUCACCUCGGUGAACAGCGAUGGGGUAGACAUUCCGGGUGGCAACAACAGCCAAUGGAAGCGAGAACGCAUUUCCUUAGCCAUGAACUACUACAGCACUCGUAUCAUGCUUUGCCGCCCGUGCCUCACGCACACUGGUUCGCCAUUGAGUAUUCGGUCUGCUGAUCCAGAAGUUGCCCAGCAUUCGUGCCCGAAUUCACGCCCAAACUCCAGUAGUUGCACGCAGUUCCGCUCCAGUAUGGCCCUCAUGUGUAUUCGUUCCGCCCGCUCCCUCCUUGCAUGUCUUCCUCAGACACCAGACAUCAUGUGGAUCACUGCAAUGACUCCUUGGUGGUGCAUCCUCCAUUACAUUAUGCAAGCGACAACCGCUAUUCUUUGUCAUCUUUCCAGCUGGCCAUCUGGGCCCAGCGAACACCCCGCUCAUCCCGUCUUCUCCGAUCUGGGGAGCACGGUCAGGGAGAUUAAGAAGGCCAUGCGCUGGCUCCACCACAUGGCAUACAGACAUGCGGCUCCCGGACGCGCAUUCCGGCAGUGCAACAGCAUUCUGCGGCGUAUUGCCCCGAGCCUGGGUAUUGACCUCAGUGAUCUCCCAAUUGCAGAGACUACUGGUGAAGAUGUAUCACAUUUGAUUGGCAGCAUUGACGAACGCAAGGUUAACAAAGUUCAAUCUGCCCGAGAUGUUUCAGCACCACAUUCCAAUUGA